AUGGACGCUCAAAGUAGCGACGGCAGUUUUGUCGAUCAUGGACAGGAGGUUGAGAGGGGCGUGGGGGCACGGCCGGAGUGGAGCGUAGAAAAGCCGGGGGACGUCAUUUGCGACGAUGACGACGACGACAGCGACGCCGCAGUGGGCGACGACGGGAUGCGGAGCGCAGACGACGUUGUCACCGCCACGUCCCUUUCGCGGGAUGCGUUUCAGCUGGCGGCCGCGAUGAAAAAGGCAACGCUGCACACUGAACGUCUGCUUCAGACGAACAGGCAGCUUUUAGGUGAAAAUGAGACGCUUGCGAAGGUCAACUCCACGCUUGUGGCGUCAAACCGAUCACUCAGUCGACAAAACGAGGUGCUCACCAACGCCCUCACGUCUAUUUCGCGGAGACAAGAGGAGUCGCAGCACGCCAUUGUAGAACUGACGCGCCACGUACGAGAAAUAAAAACAGCCCUGCAGUCCGUUGUAGACUCAGCCACAAAAGACUGCAAGGCGACCGGUCCAAGAGGGUGA